GGCAAAGCGGAAGUCUGCUGUUUCCUGCCUGUAGUUGGGUCCUGCACAGCAGCCCGUGCGAGGUUGUCCUGGAGACCCCGCGCUGCCUGCUCCUCUAUCGUCUCGGUUGUCAUGGAUGAUGAAGACGGCAGGUGCCUUCUAGAUGUAAUUUGUGACCCAGAAGCUCUCAAUGACUUUCUUCAUGGAUCUGAGACCCAUGGCCAUGUUCCAGAGGUCCAGCCUGCUGUCCAGCUGUCGGCCAGUGAGCCGGCAGGCCUCCCCAGAGUCAGUGUUGACCUGGACUUCCUGGAGGAUGAAGACAUCUUGGGAGGGUCCCCAGGUGGCGAGGGUGGGAGCAACGGCAUUGGGUCGAACCACGAGCCAUGUGACAUCCUGCAGCAGAGCUUGGCUGAAGCCAACAUCACAGAGCAAAGCCUACAGGAGGCAGAGGCUGAGCUGGACCUGGGCUCCUUUGGAAUUCCAGGCCUUACACAGGUGGUUCAGACGCUGCCUGAUGCCAGCCUCUCUGGGGCUGGAGGCACUGCUGUAGGCAUAGGUGUUGGCGUUGGGGGAGCAGCGACAAUUUUCCCUGGGUCAGCCCCGAGCGCCACCGCUACUCCCCCCAAUGCCACGGCCGACAUGCUGGGGUCAGUGCUUGCUCAGCAGGGCCUUCAGCUUCAAUCCCAGGUCAUGAACAAGGCCAUUAGUGUUCAGCCCUUUAUGCAGCCUAUGGGCCUGGGAAAUGUGACACUUCAACCCAUUUCAAGUCUCCAAGGUCUUCCCAAUGGGAGUCAGUCUGGACAUUUGGGUAUCGGACAGAUUCAGGUUGUGGGUCAGCCCACAGUCAUGACUAUCAAUCAGUCUGGGCAACAAAUCUUGGCUAAAGCCAUGGGAGGUUACCAGUUGCACCAGUCUGGGCCAGAGAUGUCAGGUGCUGGUUCUCAGGCGGGGCUUGGAGGCUCCGGAGGUGGACUUCUGAUCCAAGGUAAUAAAGCCACUUUGGGAUCUCCAGCUUUAAAUGGACCAGCUGUUUGUGUCAGCAGCACGAACAGCAUCAGUGGCAGUACAAUGACGGCUUCUGCUGGGCUUGUGGGCUUUGGCAGCAACACUCUAAGUUCAGGAAUUGGACCUCAGACGCAUAAUCAAGGCCAAAUCAUGCAGAACGUGAUCAUCCAACGCACACCAACACCCAUUCAACCUAAACCCCCCCAUGGGGGAGCCAUCCAACCGAAACUGUUCAAACAGCAGUCACAGCCAACAGCCCAAACCCUGCAAAACGAUGCCCACAAGGCUUUAGGGCAUUCUCAGAAUGUAGCCUUCCUGACAGGAAAGCCAGGCUCGAACGUUGUCCUAAGUACUCAAGCCACAACACAGGGCACCCAGUUUCAACAAGCCCUUUUCAAGCAACAAGCAGCACAACAAUCUGGCAAGCCCCUCAGCGUACACUUGUUAAACCAAUCAGGCAGCAUCGUUCUUCCCCAUCAGACAGUCCUGCAAGGUCAGAACCACCAGUUUCUCCUGCCACAGCUACAGGCAGGUGGGCAGAUCCUGACUCAGCACCCUGGGGGGCACAUCAUAACUAGCCAGGGUCCUGGUGGGCAGCUCAUUGCAAACCAGAUAUUAACAAACCAGAAUAUCAACCUGGGUCAGAUGUUGGCUUCACAGGGCCACCCUGGUGCCCAUAUCCUCUCUGGACCCAUUCAGCUCCAGUCUGGCCAGAUGGGCACAUCCACCCUCUUUCAGAUGCCUGUCUCAUUGGCUCAGACUCAAAACCAGACACAGACCCACACAGUCUCGGGUCAUGCCCAAACAGUCAUACAGGGCAUGCCCAUCCAGAAUUCCCUGACCAUGCUAAGUCAAGUGGAGGGUCUGAGCCCGGCAGUCACCCUUCAGCCUGCCCUGCAACCUCAGCCGGGCGGAGUCCCCAACAGCAGUGGCACAGGAGCAGCAACCAUGGGUCAAGGCCAAUCUGGAGAGUGUGUUACUGUUCUGGGCAGCUCCGCGGACCAGGCUGCUCAUCCCAAUCAGCAGCAUUUGCAGCAGUCCUCCAUUCUCACCAUGCAACCUUCUGUGUCCGUGGCUAUCACAGUACCCUCCUCUUCUCCGUCCAUGUCUGUGUCCACCUCUUCCCCUGUCACAGCAAUGGGGCUGGUCCCCCAUCAGUCUCAGCACAGUCCAGGAAGGUUACUGCUCACCAACCAGGGCCAAAGCAUGAUCUUGAGCCAGGAGUCUCUGCAGAUGUUCCUGCAACAGGAGCAGCACCACCAAACAGAGAAUGAGUCAACCCCCCCUGUGGGCGUACCAGCGUCCGUAAUCGUCAGCAGCAACAGCAUCACUGCUCUGGCCCCCGCUGUCAAUGACAGCCAGUUAGCUGACUCUUGGGUGGGUCAGAGCCACAGUCCUUCCCCUGGCCCCUCCCACAUGACAGCAGUGGUAAAGCAGGUACCCUCUAGUGGACAUCAGCAGCCCCUGAAGAUCCAGAGCAUGUCCCCGUCAACAGCCAUGACAGCGCCCCCAGUGGCACUCAGCCCUCAGCCCUCCCAGUCUCCCCUCACUCUGAGCCAGCAGAUCCAGUCACCGCUCCAUCAGCAGCAGUCACGUCCUCCCUCUCAGCCUCAGCCACAGUCUCAAACUCCCUCCCGCUCCUGCACGCCCUCCUCUCAGAUCUUUAUUCUCCACAACCAGAUUACAGAAUCUCCCCAAACUGUUUCGCAAGUCCAGCAGCAGCAGCCACAGCUUCAGCAGACACACAUUCAAGUUCAGCUUCAGCCGCGGCCAGCCUCUCAGCCGGCCCCCUAUCAACAAGAUAUGCCUCCUAGGUCACAGUCACCUAAGCCUCCUCCGGCACCAACUGCACAGCACCAGUUCACUGCAGCUCCUGUCAGCACUUCUGCCACUGCGGUCCUGAAAGCCCAGGUUCCCAUCCCGGGUCUGACAGCAGAGCAGCAGCACCACCUGCAACUAGUGGGAGCGCAGAUUCAGACCCUGUCGGGCAUCGCCCAGCCGUCACCUCAGCAGAAACAGUUGCUGGAUAAGCUGCAUCAGCAUGUUCGGAUGUGUUUCCAGGUCCAGCAGAACAUCCUGCUGCAGGCCGCGCAGCCAGCUCAGCCUCAGCCCCAGCCCCAAGUCACCAGUCAGUUCAGUUCCCAGCAAGAUGUGCCUGUCGAUAAAGUUGUGAUUACAUCAACAACCAGCACUGGUACACCUGCUCAACUUCCCUCUGUGCUGCAGCCGACACCAGUGCUCGUCAAAACUCCGGCUACAGCAGCAAGUGACUUACAGGUAUUCUCAGGAGCCCAAGGGCCAGCUGGAGCAAUGGUGAAUCAGACUGUCACUCCUGCAAGCCUUACCCAGCCUGCACAGGUUCAGCCAAAGCCAGGAGUGAUCAGCUCAGUUGGAGGGAUGAGUCUGGGGAAAGGUGGGAUGCAGAUACAGGUGAUAGGAGGUAGUCUGACUCAAAUGCCUGCUCUACAGCCCCUAGCUCCAGCACAACCUCAGACAACAACAAUGAAUAUGCCUUUCAGUGCAGAGCCCAGUAAAGAAGCCAGGAUGCUAGAACAGCUGAGGAAACAGCAGGGUUCAGUGCUUCACCCAAACUACAGUGCUCCUUUCCACUCUAUUGAGGACACACUGCACAGACUGCUGCCUUACCAUCUCUACCAGGGAACUGCCAACUCUUCUGAAGACUAUCAAAGAGUGGACGAUGAAUUUGAGAAAGUCUCCUCUCAGCUGCUGAAAAGGACCCAGGCCAUGCUGGAUAAAUAUCGCCUACUGCUCUUUGCAGAGUCAAAAGCGUUUAAACCUGAGCAGAGACUGGGCCCCUCGGCAGAGAUGGUGAUGAUCGACCGGAUGUUCAUUCAGGAGGAGAAGGUCGCGUUGAGUCAGGACAGGAUUCUGGCUAAGGAGAGACCAGAGGAGUUUGUAGCAAAUGCUCGCUUGUUGGGGAGUGGAGUUUCAUCGCAAGAGAAAUCCGCUGCUGCUGAGCGCACGUCAGUUACUGGAGGUGUAACGGCUGCUGCUGCCCCCCCUCCAGCACCUCCUGCCCUAGUCCCUUUUUCAAACAUCGUCCCAAACCCUGCCCCUGCACCCACCCCAGCUCCAACUCCAGCUCCUGCACCUGCUCCUCCUCCUGCUCCUAGCGCCGCUUCUGUCUCCCCUUUUCCUUCUACCAAACUAGUAAUAAAGCACGGUGGAGGUGGAGCCUCUGUGUCGUGGUCCAGCAGCUGUCCACCACAUCCGGCUGCACCGAGUAAGGCUGAACCCACCAGCCAGAGCUCCUCCUUCGGUCGUGGGUCGGCAGCAUCUUACUCGUCGUCGUCCUUCAACUCUCAAGCAGCAGCCGACGAUGACGACGCGGUCCCACAGAGAACCAGCAAACCGCCUAUCAAGACCUACGAGGCUCGCAGGAGGAUCGGCUUGAAACUGAAGAUCAAGCAGGAUCAAACCGGGUUCAGCAAGGUGGUCCAUAACACUGCCUUAGACCCGGUGCACACACCUCAGCAGAGCAGCCAGUCCAUAUCACAGCCUCAGCCUCAGUCGGCAGCUGCUGUUCCACAUCCAAAGUCCCACCCUGUAUCUACCCCCCCUGCUACAGUCAUCAGAACUCAGUCCCCCGUAUGCACUGCUUCUUCUGAAUCAUCAGUCCCCAUAGCAACCACUCAAUGUAACCCGACACUGAGAGGUAGUUUUCCUCCCAACGCAGCCCCAUCUUCCUCUACCUCUUCCUCUCAUACCUCGUCAACCUCCUCCUCCUCCACUCAAAUGAAUGGGACUUUAGAUCAUCACGACAGUGGUGGGGUCAAACACAAUCCGGCCUCCACCGCCAAUCCCUCGCCAACCACCUGCCGCCUCCCCCUUCGAAAAACCUAUCGGGAAAACAUUAGUCCCCGUGUCAGACCUGGUGUCCCCGGGGGAGGAGAUGAAAGUUUGUCCUACCCCCGACCCACGCCAUCGCCCCCCAGGCACGAGGCCUCAUCCCCCCCCUCAGAGCGGACAGUGAUAGCCAGUGUGAAGGUGGAGAAAAGAGGCCGGGAGCCCUCGCACACUCACAUAGAGUCGAGCCACGACAGGGGCCGUUUAGGGAGUGCAAUGCAGGGGCUUGAUGAAGUGGAUGAGGUGUUUAACCGUGGUAUGAAAACCACACAGCACCAUCAUCUUCCACAGCUCCUAGACAAGGAGGGGGCAAAGGAGAGAGUGGAGGAGCACGCAGACCAAGAGACAGAUGUAAGUAAAUACAAGAGGGCAGGCGGGAAAAAUAGACAUAGGGUCGGUGGGACGUUCAGAAUGGACCAGCAUGCCCCUGGGCCACCUUCCCCAGAGUCCUUCACACGAGACUCUAUACUUCCUGCCAAACGCUGCAAAUCGGACUCCCCUGACAUGGAUAACGCCAGCUUCUCCAGUGGCAGCCCCCCGGACGACUCUCUGAACGAGCAUCUGCAGUGCGCCAUCGACAGCAUCCUGAACCUGCAGCAGGAGCCCUCGGCCCGUGGGCGCCACAUUAAAAGCAACAGCAGGCACCACCAACACCACAGCCAGCGCCCAGGGAGCUCGGCAGCUUCGUCCCACAGACCCUCAGUCCAGCCCCCCUCCUCUGCUUCCUCGUCCCCCUCCUUGGCCCAGCACCCUCAGGUCGGUGGCCGUGGCCACAAUGGCAGCCUGGUGCCCCAGACUCAAAGUAGAUAACAGCCCCUCAGCCCCAGGCCGGACUGACAAGUGGGAGCUAAGAGACAGAUUUGGAGGCAGGUGAAGGGGGUCACUGUGAAAACAGUAUCACUGUACUACUCUGCCAAGCUGUGUUGGUUUUGUUUGUCCAUUUGAAUUGUCCAGACAUUUCUCUGUCACUUACAGCCUGAGGCAGACCCAUCAUGAGUGCGGUCUAAGGUAAAACGGCCUCUGUGAGCUGCAGACUUGACGAUGCCUGUCGCUUUGUAUGUGUCCUGUCGAGAAACCAGAUGAAAUGUCCCCGAGGUUAAUGUUCUCUGUUCAUACAUUCCUUUCACGUGGCCUGAGCACCGGUCCACAACGGUUCAUCUCCUGAUUCAAACAGUUUCCCAAUGAGCAUCAGGCAACUUGGUUCAACAGUUCAAAGAUCAACAACGGUCUUUUUUAAAUUGGUUUCCUGCAGAUGAGAUGUGAAACAAUAUAACCAGGUUCAUGCUGUGAUAGGUCAAAAUACUCAGUGUCUUCCUUAACCAGCCAAAUUGAAUGCUCUUAUCAUGAAGGUAAUUUGGCUUCACUGAUGCUUAAAUGACACUUUUCUCUUUCUUUAAGCAUCAUCCUACAUUAUACAUGUAUUUCAUAUAAACAUCAGGUGAAUUUCACAAUAAAUCUUGUUACGGAAAUCAUUGGGGAAAUUGUGACGCUGUGUUUCCUGUUGACUGCUCGUGGGAACUGUGUCAAGAUGUUAAUGAACUCGUGAGGAAAUUCAGUUUAGUCUCUGCAUUUUAAUGUCGGACAGUUUUCCAGAUUCUUGUUUUUAGAUGACGCCUUCACUCACACUUGCCCCCCCCCCCCUCCCUGUUACUCACAGGUUUAGGACUUCAUGCAUUUUAGUCAGCAGGGGGCAGGCCGGUUUUUAACUGUCGAUUUUCUGUGUUCUCAAGUCUGUUUGUUUCAUAUUUCUGCAACUGUGUCCCUGCCUCCUGUGUGUGUGCGCGUGUGCGUGUGUGUUUGUUUUUUUUAAGCCUGUUGGACAAUUCAAACAUAAACACAGCACAAGCAUUGAAAUGGAAAAAAGGAACAAUAAUAUUGUACAAAAAAGGCCGUGAGAGAAUUUGAAGUAUAGUAUUACAGAUUAAUUUUGUAUUGUAUUUAUUGUGUAUAUUGACACUUUUUAAAAAGAAAUGUACAUUUAGUAAAACUGUAAAUUAAACCUUGCUUCUUUUAUGAAUCA